AUGCCUGGACUCCUGAGUAACAGCAGUUCACACGAACAGGCCGCUGUGGGUUAUGCAUCAGAAUCCAUUGUCUCCAUUGCUAUCUUCAUCAUCGUUUUUGUCAUAGGUCUCCCAGGCAAUGGACUGGUGAUCUGGGUAGCUGGUCUGAAAAUGAAAAGGUCUGUGAACAUCAUCUGGUUCCUAAACCUUGCUGUGGCUGACUUCCUGUGCUGCUUGUCCUUGCCCUUUUCCAUUGUUCACCUGGCCCUCCAUGAACACUGGCCGUAUGGUUGGUUCCUUUGCAAAGUCAUUCCAUCAGUCAUAGUCUUCACCAUGUUUGCUAGCGUCUUCCUACUCGUGGCCAUCAGCAUUGACCGGUGCCUCCUUGUGAUGAAACCUGUCUGGUGCCAAAAUCAUCGAACUGUUAAAUGUGUAUCUCUAAUCUACAGUGGCAUUUGGAUCCUGGCCUUCAUUUUCUGCUGUCCAGUCUUCCACUACCGUGAGACUAGUGUUCAUGAUGGCAAAACCGAGUGUGGGUACAAUUUUGGGGAUGACGAGGUGCUAGAUUAUAUGAAUGAUUCUGUAAAUGAGUUAUUGGAAGAAAACUCAUCUUUAGCCUACAAUGGUAAUGACUCGUGGGGAAGUUUCUAUGAAGGUGAUUAUUAUUCCAUCCCCCUUCCCUUGGUGGUGAUAAACGUCACUAGGGCUGUCUUUGGCUUUGUGCUGCCCUUUGGCAUCAUGGCAGUUUGCUAUGCCCUUAUUGCUUUCAGGAUGUGCACAAAUCAGUUUCACAAGCCACGCAACAGGAUGCUGCGAACAAUUGUACUCGUGGUAGCUGCGUUCUUCAUCUGCUGGGCUCCAUACCACGUAGUUGGGAUUCUGUCCCUUGUAUCUACUCUUGGAAUAGAAGUGAAGGAGUCACUGAUCUUCUGGGAUCACCUCUCGACAGCACUUGCCUAUGCCAACAGCUGCAUCAACCCCCUGCUCUAUGUUUUUGUGGGACGGGACUUCAGGACAAAGGCAUGGCAAUCAGUGCAAAGAAUCUUGGAAGGUGCCUUUACUGAGGAACCAGCACCUUCGGUCCCUUACUCCCUUGACAGAAGCAAGACUUCAACAGAGAAGGACACUGGCAGCUCAGUGUAA